AUCUCGUCAGGUUCGUUAUCUUUGAAAUCCGGGAUCUAAAUGACGGUUGAAGGCAAAAACAAAUCGUUGAAUACAAAUGUUCAAUCGUGUCGUUCUCUUUUUCCGCUUGUAGAAUAUUAAUCUACGUGCCGAUUGACAGAGGAAUCAUGGCAAAGCUUUGGAUUUUAAUAUUAGGCAUAUUACUAUUUCUGUUACAUUUUGAUAAUGCAGAUGCUUGGCCCAGGAGGAGGCGGCGAAGAAGAACUCCACCCCCUGUCGACACAGGAGCGCCAUACUUCACUGACUGUCCUAGUGAGAAAAUAAUCAAAUCUUCGACAACACCAACCACCGAGGCGACGUGGAAGGAACCAACCGCUUACGACAGUUUCCAAGGUGGAUAUGUGCCAGUUGAACGCUACGGAAAAGGUCCUGGAUCUGAAUUUGGAGAAGGAGAUCACUACACUACUUACACCGCACGUGACAAUGCAGGAAACCAAGCCAAUUGCCAGGUACACAUCAAUGUAAACGUACUGAGGUGCCCUACGCUCUCCCAUCCGGCGAAUGGAUUCAUCAUUUGUUCUAACGGGGUUUCGGUUGGCUCUGAAUGCAAAUACUACUGCAGUACUGGCUAUGCCCUGAACUUUGAAGCCACGAGGGAAUGCAAUGAAUAUGAAGAGUGGACCUUCGAAGAACCAGCGUGUAACCAAAUAUCCUGCCCGUCUGAUGAAAUUGUGGCUCCAACCAACGGCGAGGUAACCUGUACAGAUGGUUCCAAGCAUCAGAGUAUCUGCACUUUCACCUGUCAAGAUGGUUUCGCUAUACCACCCAAUGAAAGCCGGGAGCGUAUCUGCACUACCACUGGGUGGACAGGGACCCAGCCGCUCUGCCAAGACUCGUCUGCUCCUGAUUUCGACACAUGUCCAUCGUCACAGAUCGUAUAUGCAGGUGAUCUGGAGACUACGGCGGUUGUAACUUGGGAUGUUCCAACUGCUUCUGACAAUUCCGGCGAAGAAGUGGUUGUCGUUCAAACACAGGGAUUGCCACCUGGCUCAAGAUUUACUCAGAACUACCACGUGAUCGAGUACACCGCUACUGACAGUUCGGACAUGUUCUCGACUUGCACUUUCACCAUAGCUGUUCAAGUAAUUAUGUGCAGAAGCGUUCCCAUUUACCCGGGUCUCCUCGUCAGCUGCCCGAAUGGAAACAUUCGAGGGUCUGAGUGUUCCUUUGCCUGUACCACUGGGUAUCGACUAGACGGGACAGACUCUAUAACUUGCCAGAAGGUCGACAACGCGGGAGAAUGGACGGAUAGUGCGCCAAUUUGUGUGGUUUUGGAAUGCCCGGAUGUGGAUGCGCCCGAAAAUGGCGAUUAUGCAGGGGGACAGCCUUGCCAGCGAAGUUAUGGAUCAUCGUGCUACUUCACAUGCAAUGCAGGUUACUACAUUGAUAACAAUGUCUUGAGGUGCAACGCUCAACCCGGAAGUGAAGAUGCAUGGUGGGAGGGUACACAACCUACAUGUACAGUUAAAAUGUGUGAUGUUCCUUCUUUGGACGACGGGAUGCAAUAUGACAUGAAUACAACUUGCGCAGAUCAGGGCGAGGUUGAGGUAGGGGAGGAGUGUGGAUUUGAAUGUGACGUUGGCUACAAUCUGUAUGGAACAGACGUAUUAACCUGUGGAUUGAGCGGAGAGUGGCAACAACAAUCCCCAGUAUGCGAAGUUGUGACAUGCAUUAGCAGCGAUAUACCCAGUCCUUCUCACGGCAUAAAGAGUGGAUGUCCAAAUGAGAACGAGAAUUAUGGAACAGUCUGCAGGUUUUCAUGUGACGUUGGCUAUCUCCCGUCUGAGUCCAUUUAUCGAACUUGCCUCGAUGACGGAGAUGGUAGCGGUGUGUGGAGUGGUGGUCCUGUCUCCUGUACUGUUGUUCAGUGUGAUCCCCUCGAUGUACCAGCAAAUGGAUACGUUGACUCCUGUCGGCUAGACGGAGAUGAGACCAGUGUGUCCAACAAGCAGGAUUAUGGAACCAUGUGCAACGUUUUGUGUAACUUGGGUUACACAGCUCAGGGUGCUAUCUCUAGACGUUGUCAAGCUGAUGGGGAAUGGGAUGGCAUUGCCCAAAGCUGCAUUGAUGUAACGCCACCAUAUCUAGAGUGUCCGGCUGACCGGGUGAUAUUUGCACAAGAGGGCCAAGCAAAAGCUGAGCUUCACUGGGAAGACUGGGAACCUGUAAAGGCGACUGAUGGCAGUCUUCAAAUUACAGCAACAUUAGCCUCGAUAGACUUUGUGCCAGUCUCCAGCUAUAACAGACCAGCUUUCUUUGAUGAAGGAUCGCACACCAUUUCCUAUCGUGCGACGGAUGCGGCUGGUUUCACGUCUACGUGUUCAUUUGAGAUAGAUGUAAAAGUAACACGCUGCCCGCCUCUCUACGCGCCUUCGAACGGUGACGUCACACUGAACUUGGGUCAAGGGUCAUGUGAAGGAGGCGCAGUCUACGGGUCUAGCUGUCUGAUCAUGUGUGACAUGGGUUAUAUCAUAGCAGACGGCAAUGUCACAACUGAGCGAUAUUGCUUACGAUCAUCCGAUACCAGUACGGUAGGCUACUGGAACGGGACACGGGCAGAAUGUGAUGCUGUAACCUGUCCCGUGCCUGAUAUCCUCAAUGGUCACGUGUCAGGCUGUCCGCCAAUCGUUGCACAGUAUCAAGACCAAUGCGAAUUUGCAUGCGACGACGGCUAUCGAUCGAGUAACAGUGAGAGUGUCGUCAUGAGGUCAUGCCUGGCCAAUACAAGCUGGAGUGACCCGGAACCACUUUGUGAUAUAAUCGUUACCUGCCCAGCAAACCUCAAUCUCAAGUAUGGAAGUGUGACCCCUGACAUCUGUACUCUUCCCGAUCCUGUCACCUUUGACACGGAGUGUAACUUUCAGUGUGAUAGUGGAUUCCGUAUGUAUGGCCCCUACUCCAAAGUGUGCACGGCAGAUGGAACUUGGAAUGAUCAAAGAAAUGUUGUUUGCGAAGACGUACAGGCUCCGAUGUUUGACAAUACAUGUCCGAUGUACGUUUACGAAAACGCCGAGAAGAAAAUGACCAGUGCAAUAGUGGUUUAUGAUGAGAUUACAGCUACUGACAAUUCAGGAAACGCCACGGUCAUCAAAGUCGUUGAUCACGUAGGACGGGGAUUUCGUUUUAAUGAAGGUUCCACUACAAUUCCAUACAUUGCAACAGACCGGUCUGGUAACUCUGCAAACUGUGAAGUUAUAGUCUCAAUUAAUGUUUUCCGAUGUCCAAGACUUCAAGCACCAUCAAGCGGUUCAAUAGCAAACUGUAGCGACCCAGUGUAUGGCGCGCAGUGUACCUUUAGUUGUAACGAGGGAUAUGAACUGUCUGGGUCAUCAUCAAGAGAGUGUGUUCUCCCAAAUGGGCAAGCACCGGCUUCGUGGGACGGUACCCAACCAACCUGUCAAGUCAAAACCUGCGAGGCUUUGUCUACCUCACCCCUCGCCAUCAAGUCUGGCUGCACCGCGUUGCCGCCCGACACAGAACCCUACGGUACCCUCUGCUCCUUCUAUUGCCCACAUGGAUAUAGCGGUGUCGGAGAGAGCCAGAAGAGAUGCCAGGCAGAUGGAACAUGGAGUAGCAUCAACUUUACAUGUGAAGCUACAAGUUGCGAGCCACUUACCCCUAAUUCAACUCGAAUGCAAGUCACCCCAUCAGAUUGCAUGGACGAACCUUCUUUCGGGGAAACCUGUCUGCUUGGAUGUGACACGGAAGGCUACGCCGUGGAACCCCAGGACUAUACUUAUACCUCGUGCCUCGGGAAUGGAGAGUGGUCACGUGACAUAACUCAGGCACAAUGUGAAGACUUCCAAUCCCCGAUAUUCACCGUGUGUCCCUAUGACUUCACGGUUUAUGCAUCACGUGGCGCCUAUACAGCUAACGUCACAUGGUCGAUCGACGCCACAGAUAACGACGGACAACUGCCCUUGAUCAGCUGCAAUAUGCAACAAGGCAUGCUGGGAGAAGGAGACUACUCAGUUACGUGUGUCGCUAUGGAUAUUGCGGGAAAUUCUGCAAGGUGCUCCUUCGACGUUUCUGUUAAGAUUCGUCGUUGCGCUGCUCUGUCGCCCCCUGCCUUUGGAGGGUUCUCAGAACUGACCCCAUGUGACAACACGUGGGGUAGCCGCUGCGUUGUGACCUGCUCAGUGGGACAUAAUCUGGUCGGACCUGAAGAUACCACGUGCGAAUAUGACGGUGUCAGGAUGUUCUGGGAUCGCGUGUCAACGCCAUAUUGUGAUGAAUCUCAAUGUUCUGCGUUAACUCUUCCUACUGGAGUUGGUGUGUAUCCUGGGCUCUGCACAGGGACUGGAAAGCUCUACUAUGGCACAAGCUGUUCCUUCUUCUGUGGUGAUGGUUUGUCGUUAGAGGGCGAUGUCGAGCCUGUCAACUGUCUUAGUAACGGUACUUGGGAUAGGACUGUCAAUGAAAACUCGACCAUUUCUUGUGUUGACCGAGUUUCACCAACACUCCUGUAUUGCCCGGGACCCAUCACGACCACACGCACCGAGGUGUGGGGUGUUGAAGUCACUUUCGAUAUCCCCAGUGCCAGGGACAAUGUCGACGACGAUUUGGAUGUUGUUACAUUUCCUGAUGAUCUCUCUUCCCCGUACAACUUCACUGUCGACACGUUAUGCGUUUACGAGUUUUUCGAUGAAAGCGGGAAUAGUGUCACAUGCGCUUUUCAAAUUUACGUCGAGGAUGCCCUGGCGCCGAUCGUCGUAUACUGUCCCGAAGAUCUAAACGUUACAGCAAGUCAACCAUUAACUGAAGUAACAUGGGACGAGCCUGAAUUCGAAGAGGUCACAGGAGAUGAGCUUAUUAUCACUUGUAACUUUGAUGACAAUACAGUUGAUUUGCCCUGGGGAGCCCAUGUCGUCAUAUAUACAGCUACCAAUACUGACAAUGGAAAGGUUUCCAUUUGUCAGUUCGUUGUAGAUGUAAGACCUAUACCAUGUCUGAGGCUUGACCCACCAGGCAACGGGGCUCUUGCAUGUGACACUUGGGAAUUCGGCCGAUUCUGCAGUAUGUUUUGCAACCAAAACUACGACAUUCCCCGGCAGAGCUCUUCUGUCGAGCCACCAAACCUUUACGUGUGCGGGACAUCUGGAAUAUGGACUCCACAUGCAAAUGUUCCAGACUGCUCAGAGGUCCGCCGACCAGGACGAAGCAAUCUGCCGAGCGAAUUGUUGUACUACUCAGGAACCUGCGGGGAUGACGAGACCAACCAGGAAAUUGCUGAUAACUUUUUGAUCGUCAUCGGAGACUCCCAAUUCGACGACGUGUGCGCUGACGAGCAGGAGUGUAACGUCCAAAACGUUGAAGUAACCUGUGGUCCAGUCAGCGGAGGUUUGUCCAUCCGACGCAGAGGGAUACGGGAGCGGGGUCGCCAGCGUCGCCAGCUACAACGCGUUGAAGCAACAAUUGCACGAGGUUCGACCGUCUCGAAGCGCAACGUCCACGCCCAACAACUGUUCGAGUACUCAAUCUACUGGGAAUUCGCAGUUAACGUCAACCAGGAUCCUUCCCUCAGUAACUGGGACGCUGCGCUUGAUGCUGAAGACCUCAUGAUCCAAAUGGUGGACGUCGUUCAGGAUAGUAUCGACGCAGGAACCUUGCCAGCACCAUCAGUACCCGGUGUCGACCUUGACUUGAUCGAAGAUUCAUUGGCAUAUGGGUAUUCGCAACCAGAGUGUGCGAGUGCUUACAUUGCCGAUAACAGCGACCUCCACUGCUCGGCAUGUACCACAGGGACUUACUAUAACAACUCCACAAAGGAAUGUCUUCCAUGCCCCCAAGGGAGUUACCAGGAUGAGCAAGCAAUGAUGUUUUGCAACGCUUGCCCCGAAGGUCAAUGGACGGCUGAAGAGGGCGCUACCAACUCCAGUUACUGCAAAGACAUGUGCAUGCCUGGUACAUCUUCCAACACCGGGGUAGUACCAUGUUACAGAUGUGACUUUGGAUUCUAUGAAAGUGAACCAUUGAGUACGAACUGUACAUUGUGCCCAAACCAAACAACAACUCUUCAAAAAGGUUCGAACUCAUCGGACUCGUGUGUAGCCCUUUGCGAACCAGGACAUCGCUCUAAUACGGGCAUCGCUCCAUGUACUAAGUGUCCCAUCGGAAGCUUCCAGCCGUCCAAACAAAUGACCUUUUGUAUUGAAUGUCCUGCCAAUACCACCACCGUCGCAGAGGGCGCCACUCUAGGUGACCUGUGUCAAGACAUUAAUGAAUGCAAUAGUCAACCAUGUCAGAAUAACGCUACUUGCAUGGAUAAACUGGAAAGCUAUUCAUGCCUAUGCGCACCAGGUUUCAGUGGGGAUAACUGCGAGGUAAACAUCGACGAGUGUGGAUCUUACCCCUGUCUUAACGGAGCAACCUGCAUUGAUGGCAUCAACACCUACAAUUGCCAGUGUACCCCCGGAUAUGAAGGGUCCGGGUGCGAUCGAGACAUCGACGAAUGUUUGCUUUCACCUUGCCAAAACAACGGUACAUGCAUCAAUUAUGAUGGUUACUACGUUUGCCUCUGUAUGGAGGGGUUUCACGGACACGACUGCGAGCAGGAAAUCAAUGCAUGUUCACCAGAUCCAUGUUUGAACGGUGCAACUUGUGAAAUCUUCCCCGGUGACGUGCUCGGUUACAGAUGCAUUUGCUCACCAGGAUACACUAACUUGAAUUGUUCACGAAAUAUCAACGAAUGCGGCAGCGACCCUUGUUUCAACGGAGGGUUGUGUAAGGAUGAAAUCGCUCGCUACUCUUGCGAUUGUCCGAAUGGCUACGGAGGGGAUAGAUGCGAGGUUGACAUCGAUCUCUGCGCAAACAUUACGUGUGAAAACAACGCUACAUGCGUUGACUUUGGCUCCUACUACAUCUGCUCCUGCACAUCGCGCUAUGCAGGGGACUUUUGUGAAAGGAAUAAGACCGUCUGUGAUGGCAUCCCUUGUCAGAAUGGUGGCAAUUGUACAAACCUUAGUGACAAUGAUUUUAGCUGCGAAUGUCCAACUGGCUAUGGGGGUAAGAUAUGUGAGAUCCUCAUUGAUGCCUGCUACUCUGGCCCUUGCUCAAAUGAUGCCUUAUGUAGUACUGAUGGAUUAGGCCAACCUGUUUGCGUAUGCCUACCUGGUUACGACGGUUCUUUUUGCGAAGAUGAAAUCAACGAGUGCAUGUCACAUCCCUGUGGGAACAAUGGAACCUGCAUUGACAAGAUCGCAUCUUAUGAGUGUCAUUGUACGGAUGGAUGGGAAGCCCCAGACUGUGCAGUAAAAACGAACUUUUGCGAAGAUGACCCAUGCGAUAACGGAGGCACUUGCAUGAAUGUCGAGGACGCUUACGUCUGCGUCUGUCCCCCCGGUUACAAAGGUGUUGAAUGCGAGGUGAAGGUGGCGUUGUGCUCCUCUGAACCGUGUUACAAUGGAGGAAGCUGCCAGGAGAAUCUCGACGCUUUUCAUUGCUUGUGUCUUCCUGGGUUCACUGGCGAUUUCUGCGAAAUCAACAGAAAUGAAUGCGAAUCCAUGCCUUGUUUAAAUAACGGAACAUGUGUGGACGAGCUGGCCUUUUAUCGAUGUGUGUGUCCGAUGGGGUACACUGGCCUCCAAUGUGAACAGAUCAUCUACCCUUGCCUUGAUUCCCCUUGCAAUAACGGAGGAACCUGUUCACACAUGGCACCUGGUGUUUACAAGUGCUUUUGCCCUCAAGGAUUUACUGGGCAAAACUGCGAUACGGAUAUUGACGAAUGCAGCAGCUUUCCUUGUUUCAAUGCCGAGGCAUGUGAGGAUGGUCCGAAUGGUUACUCGUGUAUCUGCAAGGCUGGUUUCGGUGGCACCCAUUGUGAGCUGGAUAUUGACGAAUGCUCAUCCGCACCAUGCCAAAACAAUGCUACUUGUGUUAAUCUUCCUGGUAACUUCUCGUGCGAUUGCCUACCGGGCUAUGACGGGAUCUAUUGCGAGAAUGAUAUUGACGAAUGCAUGCAACAACCCUGUCUAAAUGGAGCGACUUGUGUGGAUGAACUGAAUGCCUUUAACUGCAUCUGCGCACCAGGGUUCAUCGGGACUACGUGUCAGGUGGUAGAGGCUCCCCAGUGCUACCCGACAAAUCCAUGCCAAAAUGGCGCCACCUGCACAGGAAGCGGCGACGGUGCAGGUUACGUGUGUAGCUGUUUGGCGGGAUUUACCGGAACCCUUUGCGAAGUGAACAUCGAUGAAUGCAUUGGAAAUCUUUGUACAAAUGGCGCCACUUGUAUCGACAAGGUAAAUGGAUAUGUCUGUCGUUGUCAACUUGGUUAUGAUGGAGAUCUUUGCGAUGUGAACCCUGACGACUGUUCGCCAAAUCAGUGUGAAAAUAAUGCUGUUUGUAUUGAUCUUCUAAAUGGUUUUACCUGCAACUGUACCAAAGGUUUCGAAGGUACUCUAUGUCAGACCGACGUGAAUGAAUGUGAGUCCACACCUUGUCUGCAUGGAGGAACUUGUACGGAUGAAGAAGGGUUUUUCUCUUGUAAUUGUGAAUCCGGUUACAGUGGAGAUAUGUGCGAGAUGAACAUUGACGAUUGUGCAGGCGAUCCUUGUCACAAUGGUGCUAAUUGCCUGGAUGGACUGGAUAGUUUUACCUGCUUGUGCGCCCCUGGAUUUACUGGGGAGCUGUGUGAAAAUGUUCUCCCUUCCAACUAUGAUUUCAUCUUUGUGGCGAGUAAUCCUCUCCUCGUCCGGGAGGAAAUUUUCUCCCAGGGACCACCGACCGUACUGAGCCUAUCACUGUGGAUACGCACCGUCUCUUCGCCACCGUCUUUCCGCCUCCUCCGUCUUGAGGACAAAACAACCUCAAAUAUUAUAUCAAUUGAAAACCCAUGCUCUUUAAGAGUAACCAUAAACAGCCAAAUCAAAGACACCAAUCUGGAUCUUUGCGAUUAUGAGUGGUACCACAUUUUCUUUACCUGGGACGUACAAACUACGGGACAAUGGGAGUUGAGAGUAAAUAACAGUUUCUUAGAAAGGGGAAGCAAUGUGGCCUCUUUGUCGCUUGAGGAUGUUCUGUCCAUAGGAGCAGCUCAGAUGGAUGUUGGUCAUCUGGUUUUCUUGAGUAGCUACAAUCUUUGGAGUUUGGAAUUGAACGAAGAAUCUCGUUCUGAACUUUCUUCAUCAUGUCUCUCCGGGCUAUUUGGAAACCUAAUUUCUUGGACCGAGUUGGUGGUGGAAGUUACCGAAUCAAAUCAACUGCUGACAACAUCCCCAUCACUUUGUGAUUCCUUCGAUGAAUGUCUUAGCAACCCUUGCCAGUAUGAAGGCACAUGCACGAAUCUUCCCAACAUGUUUACCUGUACGUGCAAGGAUGGCUUCACCGGGCUGUACUGCGAGGGAUUUGUUGACAUUUGUGAAGAGAACCAUUGCCAAAAUGAUGGGACAUGCGCCACCGUUGAAGGGCAAUUAAUCUGUACAUGUUUGGAAGGAUUUUCGGGAGACCACUGCGAGUUUGAAAUAGUCGAUGGAGGCUGGAGUGGAUGGAGCCCAUGGACUGAGUGUCCCGUCACUUGCGGGGGUGAUGUUCAUUACCGCUAUCGGGAAUGCAAUAACCCGGAACCACAAAAUGGCGGUCUUCCUUGCUCGGGAGCAGAGGUCGAAGAACAACCAUGUAACACUCAAGAAUGCCCUGGUUGUGUCGAGCUGAGACGUCCUCUUAAUGGAUACUUAUACUGCGAGGAAACUCCGACUCUCAUCAUCUGCACGAUGGAAUGCCGAGAGGGGUACGAGCCUGAGAAUUCUAAGUACGAGCGGGAGGAGUACUUCUGCGGAGAAGAGACGAACUACAGGUGGAACCAUCAGACACCGCUGAAUCCAUCUGCCCGACUCCCGAGCUGUGUUGAGGUCCAGCGGGCAACGGAAGCAAAUGGUUUUUCUAGCGUUGAUUACCCUACUUCUAUUUGCCAGUCUCUGGAGGAGAAGCAAGCCAUUGAAGACGCCUUUACCAAUCUUCUUCUAACUUAUGAGCAGGAGUUUCAAUGCCUGACCACGGGUACUUGUCAAAUUGAAAGCAUCGAGGCACUAAAUUGCGAAUCAGUGACGGUGAAUGUUGUAGGAAGACGUCGAAAGAGGGCAGCAGACAGCGGAGUUACCGUCAUGGUAACCACGUUACAGAAUCUAACAUAUGGAGAUGAGCCAGGGUCACAGCCUCUUGAUUACUUCUUGGAAGCCUUUGAGAAGCUGGUCUCUGAUGAUUCUCUCGUACUAACUGUCGAUGAUCAGGUCCUGGAACCAAACAAGAGUUCCCUCUCCAACGAGGCUUUCCAAAAGUGCCCGCCUGGAUACCUGACGGCAUUGGAUUUCGGGUAUUGCGUACCAUGUGGACCGGGAACGUAUGAGGCAUUGCUACCAACUGAGAUCGAACGUGAAUGCAAUCCAUGCCCAGUUGACACCUAUCAAGAUGGCUAUGCACAGACAGAAUGUAUCCAUUGUCCAAAUGGCACCGUCACUGCAGAACCUUAUUCAUCCAAUAUAUCGGAUUGCUUUGUUCCAGAGGUAGUACCCCCUGUAACAUCAGUACCAGGCUUGGAAAAGAGUACUAAGAUAAUUAUAUCGGUGACUACCGUUACAGCAGCACUUCUUGUGGUUGUUGCCAUUUUGAUCUGGUAUUUCUUCUACUAUAGACCAAGAGCAAAGGUUUCUAGUGAUGCCAACGACUCGCAGCCAAGUGAGUCAUACAACCUUCAGGUACGUGGAAAGACUACCCCAGCAACUGACCCCAACCAGGGUUCAAAGGGGUCUCUUUCCACCGUGGAUGUGAACCCUGGACCUUCUCCUUCACGAGACUCCCCUACCGGUGGACCUCGGCCCAAGUCUGCCUUUGACGUCCACGAACCACUGGAGGAAUACAACCCCGGUGCCGGUGGAGGAGAUCGUACCGACCUGGGGACGACACCUGGGUACCCAUCAUCAUCAAGGCCUGAGUCAUCGGCUGCAUCAAGGAAUGAUGAAAAACAACCUUUCAUGUUCAUCGAUCCCAAGAUUCUAAAGGACGAAGUCGCUUGAUAACAAAUAUACUGAUUCAAGUUUUUGGAACAACUUUCGAAUAGGGCAGUCACAAUUGGUCAAGCGUUGGUUUAUGUUUUCUAUAUAUAUAUUUUCUGCACUGUCACGAGUAACAGCCGAUAUGAAUGGCAAUACCCACUUUUAGAAAGUUAGUUGUUAUCGAACACUUAAAUCUGUUGAAAAUAUUAUCUGUCCAAAUUUAACUAUCCAAAGUUCCUCAUAUACAAAAUGCUUCAUGAUUGAAAAUAUAUUCUGGAGAAAUUUAAUAGAUUUUGUCGACUAAUUUUGAAUGUGAAGUACUGUUUCAUGUAAAUGUAAUUGACAGUGAGAUUUGUUGUAGUGUUCAUGGGCGAUAUUCAGGUCCUUUUGAACGUCUUGUUUAUCUGUACUGACAUUUCCAAGUAUUAAACUUUUUCAAAAGCCUUUCCAAAAGAUGGAUGCUUAGCUUCUGCAAUCGACAUAAUUAUUAUCAGUAGUUUAUAGUAGUCAUGGAGUGAUAUCAUUUUUAUAUAUGUAGCUGAUUUGCUGUAAAACCUAGCUAAAGCUAUUUGUAUCAGUUUGUGUCUAUGUAUUUACCUUUUUUUG